UCGACUUCCUCGUAUUUGGGGGAAAGAUGUGGACGGUGUGCGCACGCUUGGCAAAGGGUAAACAUUCGUGUGUCCCUGAGCUCUGAGGGAGGGACAGAGAGAGCUGUCAGAGAGAGGGGGAGAGCAGGCGAGUGAGAGAAAGCCAGCUAUCAACCACCGUCGUUCACUGUAAUACAGGAUUGUACUUCAACUGGAGUUAGCGGUUUGCAGGUUUAAAUACAUCAAAACAGAACAAAGAGAAAGCGGCUGCUGCAAUAUAAAAGAAAAGGAAAAACAACAAGGAAAGAAAAUCUCAGCCGCUAAUUUACAAAAGAAGCCAGAAGCUUUUGCCGACAGCUUUUCCAUUCAACGAGAAGGAACUAAAAAAGAAAGGAUUGCAAUUUUUAAGGAAAAGUGCGAAAGAUCCAUCACUGUUAGAAGUUUGCGACGGGCAAAACUUUUUUUUUUGUACUUUCCACUUUAACGAAAUAAAACUUUCUCUAAGGACUAUACAGGGUUGAAAGGGGCUUUUUUAACUGCUGACUUCUAAACUCAACGUGGAUUUUUAAACAUCAACAAAGAAAAUAUAGAGAAAUAUUACAUGCAAAAUUUGAGCAACAUAUGUAUAUGCCUGUGUCCAAAAACAACAAAUAUUGUUAAAUAUACAACCCAACGGUAUGAGCCAAAAAUCUACCCGGACCUUUAAAGUUUAAUUCAUGUAAUAGAAUACCGUCUGCUUGGGAAAAAAAAGUUACAUAAAGAAGAGGGAGGGGGGACAAUCAACGGACUAUUCAUAAGGGUUAAAGGAAUGGCCACUGCCGCUUCCAAUCCUUACCUGCCCAGCAACAGCAUUCUCUCAUCUGGCUCGAUCGUGCACUCUGACUCGGGAGGCGGUGGCAUGCAACCUGGCAGUGCUGCCGUUACCUCGGUUUCUGCCGGGUACAGAGGAGACCCCACGGCGAAGAUGGUACAGAGCGACUUCAUGCAGGGAGCCAUGGCGGCAAGCAACGGGGGCCAUAUGUUGAGCCAUGCCCAUCAGUGGGUAACAACUCUGCCUCAUGCCGCCGCCGCCGCGGCUGCAGCCGCGGUGGCAGCGGCGGAAGCCGGAUCGCCUUGGUCGUCGAGCCCCGUUGGGAUGACGGGAAGUCCCCAGCAGCAGCAGGACGUCAAAAACAAUUCGGGCAGGGACGAUCUACACACGGGGACGACGCUGCACCACAGGCCCCCUCAUCUGGGUCCCCACCAGAGUCACCCAGGGGCUUGGGGGGGUACUACAGCCUCUCACAUACCUUCAAUAGCCGGGGGACAGCAGCAGCAGUCUCUAAUAUACUCCCAGCCCGGGGGGUUCACGGUGAACGGGAUGCUGAGCCCGCCGCCUGGGAGUCAGAGCUUGGUGCACCCGGGUUUAGUGCGAGGGGACACGCCGGAGCUCGACCACGGGAACCACCACCACCACCAUCACCAUCAGCAUCAGCACCACCAGCAGCACCACGGCGGAGUGAACAGCCACGACCCUCACUCCGAUGAGGACACACCGACCUCCGACGACCUGGAGCAGUUCGCCAAGCAAUUCAAGCAACGACGGAUCAAGCUGGGGUUCACUCAGGCCGACGUCGGGUUAGCUCUUGGCACCUUGUACGGUAACGUCUUCUCCCAGACCACAAUUUGCAGGUUCGAGGCACUCCAACUGAGUUUCAAAAAUAUGUGCAAGCUCAAGCCAUUGCUAAACAAAUGGUUGGAGGAAGCCGACUCGUCCACCGGGAGUCCCACCAGCAUCGACAAGAUAGCAGCGCAAGGCAGGAAGCGCAAGAAGCGCACCUCUAUCGAAGUGAGUGUUAAGGGGGCAUUGGAGAGCCACUUCUUGAAAUGCCCAAAACCCUCGGCCCAGGAGAUAACCACUCUAGCGGACAGCUUGCAGUUGGAAAAAGAAGUGGUUAGAGUCUGGUUUUGCAAUCGGAGGCAGAAAGAAAAAAGGAUGACCCCCCCAGGAGUGCAGCAGACGCCGGACGAUGUGUACUCUCAGGUCGGAAAUGGACAUUUUUUAGUAGAUUACUUAAAAGAUGCGAGUCAACCGAGUGACCAGAGGGUGACAACUACAAGUUCGUUCCACCAGGUAAUUUUGGCGCACUAACAACAUCAGUACGAAAAA